UCCUGCCUCGGGGGCACAGUGGCCUGACUCCCUCCUUCAAUCUCACACUCCACAGCGGUCAGUCUUCAGCUCAGUCCCACGUACCUUCCCUCCCCUGCACAGCCGGUUCAGGCCUCCAACCCAGCCCCACUCCCACCCCCAACCCGCGCACAGUGGUCCGGCCCAGGCUCAGAAUCCCCCCCCCCAGUGGUCUGGUCCCCACUCCCGGGGUGGUGGGGGCUGAGAGCCUGGCAGCCUCCUGACAGAGAGCGAUGCUGCCGGCAGGCCGGGCUCGGAAGCAGUACCAGGCGCGCUUCAUUUACGUGACGCGCUUCGGCUCGCACCAGUGCGGUGGCGGUCAGCUCGCAGUCAGCCACGCUGCGCUCCCUGGGCCCGCGGCAGUCGCCUCGCGGGGUCGGCUGGUCAGCUGCUCAGUCAGCCAGGCAUCCCUCUUAUCCGCCAACCAGUCAGCUGAGUCCUAUCUAACCCAGAAGGAUGCAGCUACAGUGUUUGACUUUCCCAUACAAUUGUGUAAAGCUUGCAAAAUAAUGAAAAAAAGAAAAAAGGCUUCAGUAUGGAAUAGUGUAUACAAAGUGAUUUCUAGAAUGCUUGAAGAAAAUGAAAAAUAUAGACUUAGGCUUAAAUGCCAAAGAUCAUCUAACGAAAACUCAAAAUGUACAAGAUGAAUCUUCCUAUCAUGUUCUGGAUUAACCUAUCUCUGGAUCUGUUUUCCAGUGAAGAUUAUGAAGAGUUUAAAGAUGGAAUGUUAAACGGAAUCCUAUUUGUUUGUUAUUUUGGUGUGUUUUGUUGGAAUUGGCACUUUAUAAGUUGAAUGGAAAA